UCACCACCAUUUCCUCCGCAACCUCAUACCCACUUCUCAAAAAUCUCUUCUUUAGCCCUUCUUAGUCUUCAUUUCUCAAUCCUCUUUUGUGUUUUUUCAUAUUUGGGUUACCGGAAAAUCAAGAAAAUGGCUGAAGAGACAAAGAAACCGGCAGCUUCUGAGACUACACCGGCGACAACAACUCAAGAGGUUGUUGUUGCUGAUGUCCCUGUGCCGGAAAAGGAAUCAACCCCUCAACCUGAACCGGUACCUGUCCCUGAGACACCGGAAAAAUCUGCUGAAACUGAAACUGAUAAGGAAAAAGAUGCUCCAGUUACUGAAUCUGCUUCGUUUAAAGAAGAGAGUAACAAAGUUGAAGAACUCCCAAAUCCUGAACAAAAGGCUUUAAAGGAGUUGAAAAAGUUGGUUCAAGAUGCUCUUAACAAACAUGAAUUCACUGCUCCACCGCCGCCACCACCUGUCAAGGAGGAGGAGAAAAAGGAAGAACCUGCUGCUGCACCGGCUGAGACACCGGCAACGGAAGAGCCGGUGAAGGAAGAAGAGAAGAAAGAAGCUGCUGCACCUGUUGUGGAAGAAAAGAAAGAAACCCCCCCUGUUGUGGAAGAGAAGAAAGAAGCUGCUGCACCUGUUGUGGAAGAGAAGAAGAAAGAAGUUGCACCACCAGCUCCCGCGGCAGCAGAGGCAUCUGAUCCUACCGUGAAAGUGACCGAAAAGGUUGCAACAGUGGAAGAUGAGGGUGCUAAAACAGUUGAACAAAUCAAGGAGACAAUUGUUGAGGUGACUGCACCACCAGCACCUGUGGAGGAAGCAGCGGUUCCAGCAGCCGUUGAGGAAGCAAAGGAAGAAGAAGGCCCACCACCCCCACCAGAAGAAGUAUCCAUAUGGGGAAUUCCCUUAUUGGCUGAUGAAAGAAGUGAUGUGAUCCUUCUCAAGUUCCUCCGAGCAAGAGAUUUUAAGGUGAAGGAAGCUUUCACCAUGCUGAAGAGUGUUGUGGCAUGGCGUAAGGAGUUUAACAUUGAUGAACUUUUGGAAGAAGAUCUGUCAGGACUAGGAUUGGAGAAAGUGGUGUACAAUCAUGGGAUUGACAAGGAAGGACAUCCUGUGUGUUACAAUGCAUUCGGGGCAUUUCAGGACAAUGAAUUGUACCAGCAUACUUUUGCUGACAAGGAAAACAUGAACAAGUUCCUUAGAUGGCGUAUUCAGUUCAUGGAGAAAUCAAUCAGGAAUCUUGAUUUUAGCCCUGAUGGUAUAUGCACUUUUGUUCAGGUUAUUGAUCUCAAGAAUUCACCUGGUCUUUACCUUUUUAAGAAAGAGCUUCGCCAGGCUACCAACCGUGCCCUUCAGUUACUCCAGGACAACUACCCUGAAUUUGUUGCCAAACAGGUGUUCAUCAAUGUGCCAUGGUGGUAUCCAGCUUACUACAGGAUGAUCAAUGCAAUUUUCACUACCAGGACCAAGAGCAAGUUUGUUUUUGCGGGCGCUUCAAGAUCUGCUGAGACACUCUUCAAAUACAUUGUCCCUGAGCAAGUGCCAGUUCAAUAUGGUGGACUUAGCAGGGAGGGUGAACAGGAAUUCAUUAUUGCUGACCCUGCCACUGAGGAUACCGUUAAGCCUGCUUCCAAACACACCAUUGAAUUUCCAGUUACUGAGAAGACUACUCUGAUGUGGGAAGCUAGAAUAAUAGGGUGGGAUGUGUCCUAUGGAGCUGAAUUUGUGCCUAGUGCUGAAGGUGGAUACACUAUCAUAGUAGAGAAAUCAAGAAAGAUUGCAGCAGCAGAUGAAACAGUGAUCACCAACAACUAUAAGGCAACAGAACCAGGCAAGGUGGUGCUUACAUUUGACAAUCAAACAUCUAAGAGAAAGAAACUUGUCUACAGAUCCAAGACCAAGCCAUCCGAUUAAGACAAACAUAGUAUUAUAUGAAUCUGUUGGUGAGGAGGGUUCUUUUGUUCUUUCAUAGUUUUUUAAAAUUCUAUUUCCCUUGUUGAUAUUAAUUUUAUUUUUAUUUUGAGUGUGGGAUAUUUAUUUAAUAUUUGUUGGCAUUUUUUUUAUGGAAUAUUUUGGUUUUGGAUUGUUUUCUGCUAUAUAUGUGGAGGAAAUAACCAGGGAGGUUUGCAAUGGGGAUGGAGAGGAAAACAGUGUGGAAAAUGUAUACUGGUUGUGGUUGUAAUGUGUUGGUUGGAAUGUGCACAUAAAAACUUUGGUUA